UUAGCUUCAGCUCAAUCUGCUUAGAGAUUUUUUUUUUCCUCUCAGAUUUUCUUUGAUGUAAAACUGCAUUUUGACUGAAAGCUGUCUUAACCAGCAGCUGUUUCAGCACCUGGAGUAUAAUUUUUUACUUACCUUUUGAAUCAACACCCUUUGACAUCGAGGAUCAAAAUUAAUUAACAAGAUUGAAAAUAUGGAUAAUAUUACUGCAGAAGAUUAUGUCACCUGGGCAGCCAACGAUUCCGAUGAGCUCUGCAGCCUCAACCCUACGCCUGCAGAGACAAUCUCCCAAACCAGCAUCCACUCCGUCAUCUGCGCCCUCGGCCUGAUCGGCAACGUUCUGGUGAUGAUCACUUAUGGUUUCUACAAGAAGACCAAGACCAUGACAGAUGUUUAUUUGUUCAACGUGGCUGUGGCAGACCUGAUCUUUGUGGUGGCUUUGCCUUUAAUUGCAUAUAAUGAGCAGUACGAGUGGCCCAUGGGUUCUGUGGCUUGUAAGAUGCUUCGCUCAGCCUACAGCAUCAACCUGUAUAGCGGCAUGCUGCUCCUCGCCUGCAUUAGUGGGGAUCGAUACAUCGCCAUCGUGAAGGCCAGGCGCUCCUUCGGCUCUCGAUCCCAUGCUGUCACAUACAGUCGCCUGAUCUGCUCAGUAGUUUGGGUGUUUGCACUGGUUUUAACUCUACCUACAGUUAUCUACACUGAGCUCUUUGAAGAAGAGGAUCUGAUGCAGCAGACCUCCACUGUGACAUGUACCCUGUCUUUCAAAGACACAAAGACAGCAAGGCUAAUGAAGGUGAUGGUGCCAAGCCUGCAGAUGGGGGUUGGUUUCCUUUUGCCUCUGUUGGUGAUGGUUUUUUGCUACUCAUGCAUCUUGUGCACCUUACUGAGAGCCAAGAACAACCAGAGGCACAAGGCCAUCCGGGUGAUAUGGGCAGUGGUUGCAGUCUUCAUCGUGUGCCAUCUUCCCUACAACGUGGUCCUCCUGAUCCACACUAUGUCCCUUUUUACUGAGAGAAGCUGCGAGGCGGAAAAAACCAAACUCAUGAUUUUGGCCACUUUCAGGAGCAUAGCCUACCUCCACUGCUGCCUCAAUCCCAUCCUGUAUGCGUUUAUUGGAGUGAAGUUCAGGAGCCAUUUCCAGAAAAUACUGUCUGACCUUUGGUGCUUUAGUAAAAUGUACCUCUACUCUGCUCGCUCGUCACGUGGGACUUCGGAAAUGUCCAAUUCAGGCCUGAAAGCCUCAGACGGUUCCAACAUGUCAUCCUUCAGUGCUUGAUAGCCACAGAGUCCUCUAGUGACCUCUCAUUUGUCCAGUACAUUUAUUUUAUUGUACCCCCAAAUGUGUUGGUUUGAAAGUUAAUUAAAUGCAGGUUAUCCUAAAAAGAUAUUACCUGUUUAAAUUAGUCCAUCCCUAGCUUCAUGAAGGAGCUUUGCUGAUCAUAUAUAAAUCCAUACCAGCAAAACCACCUAAGCCCCUUAAGUAGAUCUUAGUGGGGUAUCACUUGGAUAUUAAGAUACCAAUUGUACAUAAUUGAAACUUUUUAAGGACAGAAUGCAAUAUUAUUAAGUGUUAAUAUUCAUAAUUUUACAUUAACCAUUUUAAGGUUUGUUCCUAUUUCCCACUGAACACAUUAAUGUUGUAACAAUAAUGGCCUUUUUGUUAGGAUCCGGACUGGCACAAUCUGCCCUAUCAGUUGUAACUCCUAUGCCUCUAAACAUGAGUAACCUAUUGAAAUAUAU